AUGCCUGCUGCUGCCGCCGCCGUUAAAAAGCCUUUGUUGACUCCGAUGGAGGAGCUCUUGGGGACCAAGCUUUUGGAGAAAGCGAAGGGACCCAAGAAGGAUACCAAGACGUUGCUCAAAGACAAAGACUUGGUGGCUCUGUAUUUCAGUGCGUCUUGGUGCAAGCCGUGUCAAACAUUCUCUCCUCUUCUCAUGGAAUUCUACGAUCACAUCGAAGGCAUGAAUGUUGACGUCGUCUUUGUUUCCAGCGAUCGCACUACUCCGGAAUUUGACGAAUACUACGGACACAUGCCGUGGUUGGCCAUUCCGUCGGAUGCCGGGGCGGCAAAAAUCAAAAACAAUCUCUCGCAGCGACUCAAAAUUCAAGGCAUUCCUUCUUUGAUUGUAGUGGAUGCCAAAACUGGAGAAUUCGUUUCCGAUAAAGCACGGUACGAAGUCACCGGAACCUUUAUUGACGAAAAGCAGGCGCAAGGCAUCGUCACCAAAUGGAAAGGAUUGGAACGAAAGCCCCUAGAUCAAGGCAUUUUGGACGGCCAGGAACCGGGGGGUAUCAAAGGCUUGAUAAUGAUGUUGCUCAAAAGUCCGGCCAGCAUUUUUGCAAUCUUGUACAUUUAUCGCAACGCUGGGGGAUGGUUCAAGGAAAUUAUGGAUAGGUUCAAGCAACCGGGCACAGAUAACGAGUUGUAAACUAACUGUAAGCAAGUAAGACUAUUCUCGUCACCAUAAUGAUAAUUUGUAUAUCC